CGCAAGGCACAACUUAGCAAAAUGGCGGAUAUCAGGAAAAGUCACAGUGCAAAGUGAAUUUUAUACUUGUAAAAGAAUUUUACAAUGGCAACUGUGUUACAUUUUUCUGCAGCUGGCUAGCGAUUAAUUUUGGCCAUAUAUUGGAUACUGUUUCUUGGAAUUUCACUUUCUGGGUAGAUCUAGUUGUUGCGGACAUUGCACCAACGAUAUUUUAAUUAUUUUUAUAAUUUUUUUCAUUACCACUGACUUGAGUAGGAUUCUACCACCGCCCAGCCCAGUUUGUUUUGCAUGACAAAAACAAUUUUCUGUUUACUCUUACAGUUGAUAGAUCUAGUAUUUAUAUCGAAGGAUCUAAAUUAUAAAUCUAUUCAUAUUAGAUUCUUGAUCUUAAGUCUAGAUUACUAGAUAUGUAAGCAAGUUCUCCAGAUUUAGAUUUGUUGGAGCAAUUUAAUAAUUUGGUGGACUCUCGGAUACUUUGGCAAAAUUGACUUUGGUAACUUGGUGUGACUGUUAGACAUCUGGCCAUAACUUCCUUAGACAGCGAUUGCCACAUUGGCACCCUUGCUCGGACCUCAGACUGAAAAAUGUCUUUCCUUAGUAGUUUUAAAAAGCUUUUUCGGUUUGGAGCUGAUGAUGCCCAUGACAAGAAGAAAGGCCAGUGGAAUGUUAACAUAAAAAAAGAUACUGACCCAACACAGUUCUGGGAAAUAACCGGAGAGAUUGGAGAAGGUGCUUUUGGAGCAGUCUAUAAGGCACGCAACAAAGAGACAAAUCAAUUUGCUGCGCUCAAACAAGUGGAGAUAAAGAAUGAAGAGGACUUGGAAGAUUUCUCUGUAGAGAUAAAUAUCCUAGCAGAGUGUGCCCACAAAAAUAUUGUAGGGCUGCAUGAAGCUUUUUUCUUUGAAAAUAAACUAUGGAUGUUUAUAGAAUACUGUGGUGGGGGUGCACUAGAUUCUAUUAUGGUGGAUCUAGAAAAGCCUUUAUCUGAACCCAUGAUCCGUUAUGUAGCCCAUGAGAUGUGUGUUGCACUAGCUUUUCUUCAUGAACACAGGGUAAUCCACAGAGACAUCAAAGCAGGCAAUGUACUGCUCACAUCAGAAGGAGAGGUGAAAUUAGCUGAUUUUGGUGUAUCUGCUAAGAACACAAAAACUGCCCAAAGACGUGACACAUUUAUCGGGACCCCUUAUUGGAUGGCCCCAGAAGUAAUAAUGUGUGAAACAUUAAAGGAUGUGCCUUAUGAUUACAAAGCUGACAUUUGGUCUUUAGGUAUAACUAUGAUAGAGUUUGCCCAGAUAGAGCCCCCAAACAAAGACAUGCAUCCCAUGAGAGUGUUAAUUAAAAUACAGAAAUCAGAUCCCCCAGGGUUUGAUAAACCAUCCAAGUGGUCAAGUAGCUUUAAAGACUUUGUCAACAAGUGCCUGAUCAAAAACCCAGAACUGAGAGCUACUGCCCACGAACUUUUGGAGCACCCAUUUAUAAAGGACUACACCAACAAAACAGCCAUCUUGGAUCUUAUCUAUGAGGCCAAAGCUGAGGUUGUUGAAGUUGUGGAGGACCUUACAGAAGAUGAGGACAUUCUGGCUAUAAAGAGAAAUAUGAGUGCAGACUCCCAGUCAAUAGACCUGGACAGCAUUUCACUUGCUAGUGAUGAGAAAGAUAAGGAACAUGGUGAUGAACAUCACAAAAGUCUGAAGCCAGUCUCUGUGGUGGUCUCAAGUGCUGACAAAUCACCUUCAGUAAAACGCAAGCCUGCCCCAUCUCCUCCACACGCUGAGGUCCCCAAACCCUCACUACCUGUUGUAACAGAAGUCCCCGCCCCCCAGCCUCCUUCACCUGCAGUAGCAGAAGUCCCCGCCCCCCAGCCUCCUGUACCUGUCAUCAUUGAAGUCCCCGCCCCCCAACCAACUGUAACAGAAGUGAGCCAACAGUCUGAUGUAGAGAAACCGUCAUCAUCAGAUGAAGGCAUUGGGGAUGAGAAGUCUAGCUCUGAAGGCUCUGAUAUCACUGAGGAUGUGAAGUCAGCUCCUACAGAAGACUCAAGCAGCAAGAGUGAGGUGAUGGUGUCAGAGAUUGUCACUGACAUCAUUGACGACGUCCUCAACUCCACCACAUCAGAGCCCUCUGUGGCCAGUGUGGUGUUUGACACCUUCAAAGAUUUUGUUUCACCUGAGGGCAGCGCUGAGGAAACAGGCCAGGCUGACAGACCAGAGGACACCAUAGUGCUGCCUGCUCAGGGCACAGAGAAGCCAGACCUACCUGGAGAGAUUACAUCACCUAAAGUGGAAAAAACAGAAUCACCUGCAGAAGUUACACCGCCUAAAGUGGAAAAAACAGAAUUACCUGCAGAAGUUUGUGUUGAAGAAACUGUUGUUAGCUUACCUGAUUCUGAUGCUGGCAUAAUUGCUGCCAAUGGCUAUGUGGUCUGUCCUGAAGAGAUUCCAGAGCCAGCAGUGGCUGAGAAGAAAGAUGGAACAAGCAGUGAAUCUGAGGAGAGCAGGCCCCAACACAAGCAGUCCACUCUGAUAGUGCCAGCCCCGGCUGCCGUGCCACAGACUGACCUGGAUACUUUUGAGACCAAGAUGAUUGACGAGGUGUCUGUGGACGACGAGUCGGACAAGAGGUCAGACUCUGGCAGCAUCAACACAGUGGACAGCGACAUGCAGGACCCAGACAAAAAUGGAGAGGGUGCACCCGUCCAGAGACGACAGAAGAAAGGACAAAUCCGCACACGCAAUGAGAGCAAGAGCCAUUAUAGGACAAUAGCAAAGACUAGAACCUACAUGAAAGAUGGUCAGGUGAUUACAUCAACAACUACCAAAGUUAUUGCCACAGGUGAAGAGAACAGGGUGAGAGAGGAACACUUACACAGAAAACAAGACCUGCGUGAGUUGAAGCUGCUCCAGAAACAAGAGAACAAGCAGAUCACUGACCUGUCCUACAAGAACCACCUGGCUCUGGAGGCCAAGGAGAAGAAGUUUGACACAGACAGUGCUAACCUGAAGAAAACCUUUGACCAGGAUCUAGACAUGUUGAUCAAGCAGCAGAAACAGCUGAUAGAGAAGGCGGAGUGGAACCAACAAAAUGACAUGAAGAAUGCUGCUAAAAAACUCAAGGCAGAGCAGGACAAAGAGCUGAAGAUGUUCAGAGAGAAACAGAAGCAGGAGAUGAAGCUGCUGAAGCAAGAGCUGGACAUGUUGCCUCGGGACAACAAGAAGGAAACAGCUCAGAAGAUGAGGGAGUCCAAACAGAUUGAGAUGGAGGAGAAGGAGCGUUUGUUCAUGGAAAAUCAAAAUGAGAGAAUGGAAAAACACAUGCGUCAACUGGCGGACCAACACAGGCAGAAGAUAGCCAUGUUAGAGAGCCAGUGUCUGCAGCAAAAACAGCAGCUCUAUAGAAGUCGUGAAGCCAACAUUUGGGAGAUGGAGAAAAGCCAGCUCCAUGAGAGACAUCAGCUGAUGAAGACUCAGCUUAAGGACAUGUUUUUUGUCAAACGUCACCAGAUGCUCACCAGACAUCAGAAGGAAAUGGAAAACCUGAAGCGCUACAACCAAACCAAGGAGGAUGAGAUGAUGAACAGGCAUGCACUAGAGAGACGCAGGUUGCCCAAAAUUCUCAAAAGUGAGGCCAAGACUCGGGCACAGAUGUUCAAACAGAGUCUCAGGCUGAGCACCAUAGGGACACCUGAGGAUGACAAGGUCAAGAUCAAACAGUUUGAAGAAAGUGAGAAGAAAAGAAUGAAGUCUGAGCAGAUGAGGCAGGAAGAGAAACACAAGAGACAGCUCAAGGCACUGCAGGACAAGAAUGAUGCAGCGGUCAAAGAGUUGGAGCAGUUACAGGCUGAAAAACGUAAAAUGUUGAUGGAACAAGAGACCCAGAAGAUCAAAGAAUUAGAUGACCAGUUUAAUGCUGACAUGACUCAGUGGAAAGCCAUGCUCAUCCCUCGCAAACAGGCUCUUGAAGAACAGUUCCAGCGAGAGACAGAAGAGCAGCAAUCUUUCUACGCGGAUGUAGUCUCAGGAGAUGCUGGCAUACCUUCAUUGCCUAGCAUUCGCUCCAACCCGUCAACCAUUCGGAGUAAAGGUCGCGGGGAGGGGUCAAACUACUCGCGUCACUCAACAGUUAUAUAAGAGGAGCUUAUUUUAAUGUCUACUGUAAAUAGAUUGGAAAUAUUUGUACCGGCUUGUUCCAUUCAGGGUUUGUUAGACAUCUCUCGUUCCUGAACUAUUUAUUUCUAUUGGGCUUACAAUCAAGUGAUAGCUGGCUGUGGGGCUUAGAGCAUUGAAGGAUAAGUGCCCUUAUAAAGCUGGACCUGAGCAUCUCCUUGUUGCACUUUGAUAAGACCUAUACAUAUUUCAUAGCAAAUUUACAAGUUUUCUUCUUGUAUGUCAAGUUUUGUUCUACUUAAUAGUUGACUAGAACACAGGUUUGACCUGUGGUAGGGCAAGUUGUCUCCCAUUGUGUGCCCUGUGUGAGCUACCAAACCCCCACUGGUGUGUCAGCUCCAUUUGGUAGGUCCAGGUCAAUCACUUAUAUUGAUGCAUUUUAAAUUUGAUAUUUCUCAUUCAAUCAACACUUUUAAAAUGUGAUUUUUUUUAACAUGUCAUGGUGUGAUGUGUGACAUCUGACACUGUCAUGUUACUGACACUGUCAUGUUGCUGACACUGUCAUGUUACUGACACUGUCAUGUUACUGACACUGUCAUGUUGCUGAGAGUGUCAGGCUAUGACAGUGGAGGUUGUCAUAUUUUAUGGUUGAUGUGGUAUUGUGCUGUCUUGGUGUCAUUUUUAUUUAUAUACAAUUCAUUACACACAUUGGCAUUGUCAAACUCAUUUCAUUUUAAAUAGUCUUUCAUUUGAUGCUGUUUUUGUCUGUAGAUUUACUCCUCAAAUGAGCAUUUUUUACUAUGUAUUCUUUAAGAAAUUCACUUAGUAUUUUUAGAAAACCAUUACACUAAAAGUUGGAUCAGUUGUAGUCCUUGGCACCCUUUCUCAAGACUUUGUGCACUGUAUUAUAAGUGUCUUGGUUGUUACUGCAGUGUCCCACACUAUUAGUGAGAGGCCCACACAGUGUCCCACACACCAUUAAUGAUGAGAGGCCCACACAGUGUCCCACACACCAUUAAUGAUGAGAGGCCCACACAGUGUCCCACACCAUUAAUGAUGAGAGGUCCACACACCAUUAAUGAUGAGAGGCUCACACAGUGUCCCACACACCAGUAAUGAUGAGUGACCCACACAGUGGCACUCACACCAGUAAUGAUGAGUGGCCCACACAGUGGCACUCACACCAGUAAUGAUGAGUGGCCCACACAGUGUCACUUACACCAUUAAUGAUGUGAGGCCCACACACCAGUAAUGAUGAGAGGCCCACACAGUCUCCCACACACCAGUAAUGAUGAGAGUUGGGUGUCCCCUAGUUUUGACUCCCCCCAGACCAGUGGUUGCUUUAGCUAUGAUAGUAGUGUAGUGCACAUCUUGCCAAAGGUUUGGAUGAGUGGAUAGCAGUUUGUUUUAGUUGCUGCCAUAUACAGCUCUACAUACCAUAUAUAUGUAACCAUGUGUCUUUAGCUUUGAUUUACUCUAGCUUUUUGUGUAAGUUGUGUCUGGUGAGGUGAAGGUCAUGUGUACAUAUGAUAAUGAUAUUACCAGUGAUGAAGCAUCAUCAAGACAUUCCCAUUCUAGCUGUGUGUCAGGGUAGUGUGUGUGUCCCAUUUGUUCUCUACUGUGCCAAGAGAAGUUAAUGCCCUAGCAAGAAUCAAAUUUUGUGUUUUUUUAUCUGACUGUACACGUUGAUUAAUACGGCUUCCAGGAUAUUUUUACAUCAUUCAUUAUUUGUCUGAAUUUAUUGAUGACUUGUAUUUUGAUACCCAAUGUUUCAUUUUAAAGACUAGUUCUAAUGACACUGGCAACUGAAUUAGACUAGUUCUAAUGACACUGACAACUGAAUUAGACUAGUUCUAAUGACACUGACAUUAGAGUGAAAACAGUCUGAUGUUUGUAGACAUGUAGCUACAGUCAGGUGUGCAGCUUUCCAUUACCUGCUCCAUGUCUUACAGUCACAGCUGUCUGACCAGCUGGCUGACCAUAGCUGUCAGGCCCAAAUUCUGGACCAGAACAGCUGGCUGACCAAAGCUGACAGAGGCCCAAAUUCUGGACCAGACCAGCUGGCUGACCAAAGCUGACAGAGGCCCAAAUUCUGGACCAGACCAGCUGGCUGACCAAAGCUGACAGAGGCCCAAAUUCUGGACCAGACCAGCUGGCUGACCAAAGCUGACAGAGGCCCAAAUUCUGGACCAGACCAGCUGGCUGACCAAAGCUGACAGAGGCCCAAAUUCUGGACCAGACCAGCUGGCUGACCAAAGCUGACAGAGGCCCAAAUUCUGGACCAGACCAGCUGGCUGACCAAAGCUGUCUGACCAGCUGGCUGACCAAAGCUGACAGAGGCCCAAAUUCUGGACCAGACCAGCUGGCUGACCAAAGCUGUCUGACCAGCUGGCUGACCAAAGCUGACAGAGGCCCAAAUUCUGGACCAGACCAGCUGGCUGACCAAAGCUGUCUGACCAGCUGGCUGACCAAAGCUGACAAGAGGCCCAAAUUCUGGACCAGACCAGCUGGCUGACCAAAGCUGACAGAGGCCCAAAUUCUGGACCAGACCAGCUGGCUGACCAAAGCUGACAGAGGCCCAUCCUUUGCGAGUUGUCCGAAUCAAAAGUUUGGGGAAAUUUGAUAAAAUAAAACAUACUAGAUCUGCUUAUUAUAAAAGAUGUUAAAAUGGUUCACUUACUCAGUAUUAUUUGUGCAACACUACAUUGAAUUAAAAUGCUAGUGUACCUUUUUUUUUCCUGAAAUAUAACUACGUUUCUGCUGGGAUGAAUUCUGGGAUUUAUGUCAAUUUUUUUGUCCUAACAUGAAAAAGGAAACAUGUUUUCUGUCAAAAUAAACCAUGUAAUUUUUGUUGUUGUAAUGUAUUGAGUCAGCAUCAUGUUUGAAUGACAGGUGUCUGGACCACAGUCAUAAUACACAAGGCACAUUUGGCUAGCACAUGCUGCUAAAUCUGGCCACACACUUGCUUUCUUCUCACACAAACUGAACUUUUGGAAUUGAUACAAUUCUGGAGUUGUUUUAGACAUGUACAAUUAUUAUAAAACUUUUCACUUCUUGUAACUGGAUCAGUAAAAAUAUAUUUAUUUUCAUCAAG